CGCUGAGAAGUGUCAGAAGAAGACCAGAGUAAAUGGCCGCUUCCAUGUCGCGAAUGUGAGGCUGACAAAGAUUAAUUUUUUUACCUAAUUGCCAACCUCAUCGAUAUCACAAUCGUGUCACAUAUUACAACGUCUUUUGCAGUACAGAUUGUUGCUGUUCAACGGCGGACUGAUAGUCCAAUUUGGCAUUAUCCUUCAAUUCCUUCCAAAUGAAGGACGGCAAGGAGAACUCUAACGCCACUUUUGGAAGUUUUGCCACAAAUCUGGACCACACAAAGCCAUGCUGGUACUGGGACAAGAAGGAUCUGGCCCACACCCCGUCCCAGUCGGACGGCCUGGACCCAGCCACAGAAGCCCGGUACAGGCGAGAGGGGGCGCGGUUCAUAUUCGACGUCGGUACACGUCUGGGACUACAUUAUGACACUCUGGCGACUGGAAUAACAUACUUUCAUCGUUUUUACAUGUUUCAUUCUUUCAAGCAAUUCCCUAGAUAUGUGACCGGUGCUUGCUGUCUUUUCUUGGCUGGUAAAGUAGAAGAAACCCCCAAGAAAUGUAAAGACAUCAUCAAAACUGCUCGUAGUCUGCUCACUGAUGUGCAGUUCGCACAGUUUGGAGAUGAUCCGAAGGAAGAGGUCAUGGUCUUGGAAAGAAUUUUACUCCAGACAAUCAAGUUUGAUUUACAAGUUGAACACCCCUACCAGUUUCUGCUGCGCUACGCCAAACAGCUCAAAGGUGACAAGAACAAAGUUCAGAAGCUUGUGCAGAUGGCGUGGACGUUUGUCAAUGACAGUCUCUGCACAAUGCUGUCCCUUCAGUGGGAGCCUGAGAUCAUAGCAGUGGCCGUCAUGUACCUUGCCGGCCGGCUUUGUAAGUUUGACAUUCAGGAGUGGACGUCUAAGCAGUCGUCCCGCCGCUGGUGGGAGCAGUUUGUACAAGAUGUGCCAGUGGAGCUGCUGGAGGACAUCUGCCACCAGAUUCUGGACUUGUACUCGCAGGGUAAGCAGCCGAUCCCCCAGCAGCCUCAGAUGCAGGACAAGGAGAAACCCCCGCCCCCUCCUCCGGCCCAGCCCAGCCAGUCAGGUGUGCCGAACCCUCCCGCUCAACCCCCCUCCAAGAAAAACUCCCCCCAGGCCAGCCCGCCCGCCAAGAUUAAACGCCAACACGUCUCUCCUAAAGAUGAACCUAAAGCCCCUGCAGAGCAAGUUGGAUCUAAGAUACCCCGCCUGGAGAGUCCUAUGCCCCCUCUUCCUGUUUCCCAACCCCCAGAUCGCAAGGCUCCCUCUGCCAUCCCAGCGCCUCCUGCUGAAGCGGAACCAGCCACACCCUCUGAAAUGGACCCAGCACAAGGGCCGGCUCCUCCCCUGCCCCACGGGGCCCCGCCCCCUCUACCGCACCGCCCUCCCCCGCCUCCGCCCUCCAGCUACAUCAUGGGAAUGUCCACGUCCAGCUCGUACAUGUCCGGGGAGGGGUUUCAGAGUCUGCAGUCCAUGAUGAAGACCGAAGGGCCCUCUUACGCUCCCAUGCCUCCUUCCUACGGGCUCCCUUACCACCCGCACGUCUAUCCACACCAAAACCCCCCGCCUCCAGGCCCUCCCCCAACCACCUACCCUCCUCCCAAUCUGCCCCCGCCCACCCCAUCUUACCCUCCUCCAGGCUACAACCCCAGCUACCCCCCUCCACCCCCACGCAUGCCACCCGGGCACAGUGUGCCCCCUCCGGGCAUGGGCCUCCCCCCCGCUGGGUACCCUCCUCCGCCCGGCCAACCUCAGGUGCCGCUGCCCCCCCACGCCAUGCCGCCCGUGGCAGGAAUGAACAGAGGGGCGUGGAUGAGAUGAGAGGUGGUGAAAUCAGUUCUUCACACCCAUGAUACAUGUGCCUGUGUACAGGAUAUACACCGUCUGUACUAGGUUAUAUGUAUUCGGAUGCAGGAUUCACAGGAAGAUACAGACAUUUCAGCUGCCAUGUUGAACACUGGUGGAAUUUGAGUGUCAGGGAGGCCGUGAACUGCAGCAGACUUCCGCUUGGGUUCAGGGUUCCUCUCCACUUAUCCGAAUUAAAGGGAUAGUUCACCUUAAAAUCACCCUAAUGUUGUUCUAAAUCUGAGUGAAUUUCGUCAAAUCUUCAUGGAUAUUGGUUGUCUUUCUCCAAAAAGGACAAAAAAAAAACCCAUGACUUGUGGUCCAUGACUUGGUCUUUUUCUUAAGCACAGACCGAAUCAUCUGAUGUCCAAUUGAUUUAUAGCUGAUUUCAGCUUUGAAGUUCCUCACACUAAGCAUUUCAUUGGUUUCAGAAGACAUGGAAUAUAGUAGUAUGAAUUAUUUUUAUUUUUAAUUCAUUCUCAUUCUGGUCAGUUGGUCAAUAUAAAUGGUUUUUGUAUGGAAAGAUCUCUUUUUGUACAUUGGAAACAAAAGUCUUACAGGUUUGGAAUGACAUGAGAGUGAAUAAAUAAUGGCAGAAAUUUCAGUUUGGAGGAACUAUCCCUUUAAAUUCAUUCACAUCACCACUAACAUUCCAAACACCUUUCUGGAUUAUGAAUUCUUGGUUGUACAUAUGAUUUAUUCUGUAAUAUCUUUAGGGAAACCUAAAUGUUAUGUCUUCACAUGCCUCUGGCUUUGCUUUUUAGUUGGUGUGUUGCAGAAUUCAUAUUAUUUUCUUAGCAACAAGGGGAAAAUAUCCCAAAAAUCAUCCUUGGCAGUCCUCUUAUUCAGAUGCGUUUCUGGCAUCUUAAGUGGAUUGAUUGAUGUACAUUGUUAGUAUGAUAGUUUCCCGUAUGUGCCUUAGUUUGGUUAAUAGUUGAUUGGUAAAGGACUUGCUGUGCACAGCCACCUUGUGUUUGCUGUUUUUUUUAGGCAGAUAAUAAAAGUCUUUUUUUCCCUUGA